CUCUCUCCCAUUUUCCACACAAAGAAAGCACAGCGCCCCUCGCAGGAAUGGAGGUGCACAUUGCCGCUAAACCAAGCAUCGCCAUAUUGAUGUCCCAACAACGUCGAGAGGGCAUAUGACAGUGGGAAUCCUAGUGAUGACUCUACUGAGCCCGGUGCCCCCUGAUUAGACUGGUUGGAUGUCCUCCUUAACAACUACAACAAUCAGCCUCUACCAAACCAACGUAGCAUCAGCUCUGCAGCGACCCCACCUGUCACCUGCAGCUUGGAGGAAACCUCCAAGGUGAUCCAGAGAACAUCCUGUGUAUAAUAUGUCCGGCUCUGUCCCAAGCCGCUCUCGAGUUUACCCUGAUGUAAACACACAGAGGCCUCGGGAGUACUGGGACUACGAGUCCCAUGUGGUGGAAUGGGGGAACCAAGAUGACUACCAGCUGGUGCGCAAACUAGGACGAGGCAAAUACAGUGAGGUGUUUGAAGCCAUAAAUAUCACCAACAAUGAGAAGGUUGUUGUCAAAAUACUCAAGCCAGUCAAAAAGAAGAAAAUCAAGAGAGAAAUCAAGAUUCUAGAAAACUUGCGAGGCGGUCCCAACAUCAUCUCACUUUUAGAUAUCGUCAAAGAUCCUGUGUCUCGAACUCCCGCGCUGGUUUUUGAGCAUGUCAACAACACUGAUUUCAAGCAACUGUAUCAAACUUUAUCAGACUUCGACAUACGGUUCUACAUGUUUGAAAUCUUGAAGGCCCUUGACUACUGUCACAGUAUGGGGAUCAUGCACAGAGAUGUGAAGCCACACAAUGUGAUGAUUGAUCAUGAACACAGAAAGCUCCGCCUGAUCGACUGGGGCUUGGCAGAGUUCUACCACCCUAACCAGGAGUACAAUGUGAGAGUGGCCUCUCGCUACUUCAAAGGACCUGAGCUGCUGGUAGACUACCAGAUGUAUGACUACAGUUUAGACAUGUGGAGUUUGGGCUGUAUGUUGGCCAGCAUGAUCUUCAGGAAGGAGCCUUUCUUCCAUGGACACGACAACUACGACCAGCUCGUACGGAUUGCUAAAGUCCUCGGCACAGAGGACUUGUAUGACUACAUCGACAAGUACAACAUUGAACUAGACCCACGGUUUAAUGACAUUCUGGGCAGACACUCCCGUAAGAGGUGGGAGAGGUUUGUGCACAGUGAGAACCAGCACCUGGUGAGCACCGAGGCUCUGGACUUCCUGGACAAGCUGCUGCGGUACGACCACAACGCUCGCCUCACGGCCCGGGAGGCCAUGGAACACCCAUACUUCUACUCCGUUGUUAAAGAUCAGGGAAGGGGCAGCACUCCUGGAGGAAUAGUUACCAGCUCCACUCCAGUCAGCUCUUCCAGUAUGAUGGCAGGUAUCACCUCCACAAAGGCACUGGCUAACAACGCUGGAUCACCUGUCAUUUCUGCCCCCAACACUCUGGCCCCACAAGUCCCAGCGGCCGGGGCACAGCCCUGAAAGCUCCACCCCCUCCUCCCAGCGGCUGCCGGGGCACAGCCCUGAAAGCUCCACCCCCUCCUCCCAGCGGCUGCCGGGGAACAGCCCUGAAACCUCCACCCCCUCCUCCCAGCGGCUGCCGGGGCACAGCCCUGAAACCUCCACCACCUCCCCCCAGCGGCUGCCGGGCACAGCCCUGAAACCUCCACCACCUCCCCCCAGCGGCUGCCGGGGCACAGCCCUGAAACCUCCACCCCCUCCUCCCAGCGGCUGCCGGGGACAGCCCUGAAACCUCCACCUCCCAUCAGCCACCGGAGCACAGCCCUGAAACCACCACCUCCUCAUGGGACCUCCUCACCUAUGUUUGUGUGGGCCCGUGGGUCGGUUCAGCCCACCCCACUCUCUACUAUGUGUUGGCCUGGCCAGUGGGUUUCCUUUUUAUUACGUUGAGAAGAAUGACGGAGAAAAGAUGUUGAAAUUGCUUUUCCCUGUAUAGUUAUAUUUUGAGAUCUGGACUUGACAUCAUUUUUUAUUUGUCACACCUGUCUGGAUGAUUUGGUCUAGGAAUUCUAAUACAAUGUAGACAUGAUGAAGAAGAAGAAGAAGAGAAUGGAUAAUAACAUUUAUUUUGUAUGUCCCAAAUAUACAGUCUAGCUUGAAACAGUUUGUUUGGGGAUUCCUGCUGUUGCAAUACACUGAACCUGUAGACAACUUCCCAAAACGAGACAGGAUUCUCUGAUGUAGCCCCCACUUGGCAGUGCUGGAUAGUUGCUCACACACUACUGUUAAGUGCAGGAGUUACCGGUGUUUUGAAGUUGUUAGAAGCUAUCGUACUUGGAUUGGACAUCUGUAGAUACUCUACAGUAACUGUUAGGUUGCAUGCACCAAAUGCUGACUAUCACAGGGUCAAUAGUUUGCCAAUUUGGUGUUACUUUUACUUCUGUAUACGUGUUUGUUUUUUAAUGCGGUCUCUUACACAUGAUUUUGAAUACAUAGGCAAUUUUGUAACUUUUUGUUUUUAUUUUGGGAGGAGUCUUAUCACUUGCAAAAAAAAUCGACUUCAUAAAUAAACAAUUUCAAACAGGCA